AUGUCCGGACGGGAAACGAUCGUGGUGAUCGGAGCAGGGGUUCUCGGUCUUUCGACCGCGCUAUGCAUCCAACAUCACCUUGAGUUCACGCAAUCCAUCCUCCUCGUAGCCCGCGACUUCCCCGCCGAUACUUCGGUCAACUAUGCCUCGCCAUGGGCCGGAGCACACUACCGACCCGUACCCGGAUCAUCGCCCCAGGCGCUUAAGGAAGCAAACCAAGCGCAGAGAACCUAUGAUUUUUUUAAGCACGUGUCGGCCCAUGAGCCGGGUUCCGGGAUCGAGUUCGUCCAGGGUAUCGAGCACCUCGAGGCUCCACCGCCAGAAUAUCUGGAUAAGCAAAGUGUGCAGAAUGUGUACUCGCAUCUAGAUGGGUUCCGGGCGCUGCAGAAAGAGGAGCUUCCUGCUGGCGUAAAGUGGGGCGUGCAGUAUGGGACGUAUGUGGUGAAUUCACCUGUUUACUGUGCGCAUUUACUACGGAAGUUCGUCUUGAAGGGAGGUGAGGUGAGACAGUAUACGCUGGCGAACUUGAAGGAGGCGUUUAGUCUGGCUACCAAUGUGAGGACCGUGGUUAAUUGCUCCGGGACUGGGAUUGAAGACCUCAAGUCUUUUAUUAUCAGGGGUCAAACCUGCCUCGUUCGUAACCCCGUCUCCCAGACCAUCACACGUCAAAAUACAGACGGGUCAUGGUCGUUCUGCAUUCCGCGUCCUCUUGAUGGCGGGACGAUCAUCGGGGGCACGAAGGAGCUGAAUAACUGGGAUCCGAACCCAUCUCCAGAGACCAGGCAGCGGCUGCUAGCCAAUGCGACCAAGUGGUUCCCUUUCACGUCAGAGAGCGGUGGGAAGUUUGAUGUAAUUCGCGAUAUUGUUGGCCGUCGGCCUGCUAGAGAGGGCGGAAUGCGGAUUGAGGCCGAGAAGCUCGCUGAUGACCGAUAUAUCGUCCAUGGUUAUGGUGCUGGAGGUCGUGGAUUUGAGCUGUCUCGCGGUGUUGCGGAAGACAUCGUAGCGUUGAUGCUUGAGAAGAGGCUUCUACGGGCGAAGGCCUUGUUGUAA